ACUUGUUCCGUGUUUGACGUCAGGUAGGUGUAACACGAAACACACCCCACCAUCCUGGUCCAGAGAGCGUCUGCUGAGGUGCGCACUCAGCGCGCCGCUCGGCCCACCCGGACACUGCAGUGGAGGUUACCGUGCCAUCGCUGCGGCUUGUACGCGUCCGACAUCCGCGUCCCGCUGCAGACUUCCCGGGCCCGGGGGGUAAGAACGGGGCAAGAACAAGGAAGCCAUGGCCGAGUCCAACCCGCUGCGGGGCUUCCCCCGUCUGCGCCGGGCCGCGACCUCAUUUCCUGGUAAUCUACAUUUGGUCUUGGUGCUCCGCCCCACCACCUUGUUAGGCUCCGCCCCCAGUCCAUCCUCAAGCACUGACCUGGGCUUCCGCUUCAGCCAGGAUGACUUCCUGUUAAAGAUGCCGGUGGUGAUGCUGCGUUCAGUUGGUGACCUGCUGCGAUACAUCGAUGAAAACCACUUGACAUCCGACUUCACUGCAAAAGUGGAGUAUUGCCAGAGUGACUGGAUCGUCCUCCGCACGGCCAUUGAGACUUUUGCAGUCACAGUGAAGGAAAUUGCCCAGCUGCUGCAGGGCUUUGGAUCAGAGCUGUCUGAGACCGAACUUCCAGACGAAGCAAAUGCCAUCGAAUUCUUGCUGCACUCUCACACCCACCGAUACCGACAGAUGAAGGACGACAUCCGCAGUGUGCUGAAAGAAGGACGCCUGCUGUCGUCUAACCUGGAAACCGUCAAGGCCUCCAAGAGAGAUGUAGAAGAGGAGAGGGAGAUACAAGCAGACAUGGACACUGUGCAGAGGCUCCUGUUCCAGCUCAGAGACAUGGAGGAGGCGUUUGAUGGCUUCUUUGAGAAACAUCACCUGAAGCUGCAGCAGUACCUCCAGCUGCUGCACUACGAAAUUAGCUUCCAGCAGAUGGACGAGGUGCUGGAGCGGAUCUCUGCCCAGGAGAAGGGGAUUGCCUCUCUGGGAACCACAGUGGUUCAGACGGAACAGCUGAUUAAAGACCUGGAGACUCUGGACAAACAGGCUCAGGAGGAGAUGACUCGUGCCCAGGUGGUAAUUCUACAUGGUCACCAGCUGGCUGCCAACCAUCACUAUGCUCUGGCUCUCAUCAUCCAGCGCUGCAACGAGCUGCGACAUCACUGUGAUGUCAUCACCACUGCCAUACGCACCAAGCGGGCCUCGCUGACACGAACACGAGACCUGCUGCUGCGCCUUGAAGAGGCCCUGCAGUGGUGUGACAAAGGCGCCUACCUGCUGGCGAGUCAGAUGGUGGACAAGUUCCAGACCAGAGAGGGAGCUCAGGAGGCGCUGCAGUACCUGAGCUGCCACCAGGAGAGGGCGCCGUCCGCUCUGAAAAACAGCCAGGACAUUCUGAGCCUGGAGUUUGAAGCCAUACUCACCCCACAGCUGCAGUCCCAGAUCUCCAUGGUAACGGAGAAGCUGAACUCGGUGCAGUCCAUGAUCAGGAACAGAGAGCAGUGUCUGAGGAAGCUGGCAGACAUACAGGUCCGACCCAUACAGCUGGUGGCUCCCCGGCCAGAACCGGAGCAGACCUCAAUGCGAUGCAAGUCACCCCUCUUCUCCCCCAAACAUGGUGUAGACUUUAAUGUUUUAAACUCCAAGUUCUCCUUUGACCUGCUUCCUGGCAAGAGAGCCGCAAGAAGGAACAACAGCCAACGCAAGAUCGAGGUGAUGCAUGAUUACCAAGGCAACCGCAGCUGUCUGUACGGCUCCACAACUGAAACUGAUUCAGAGGCCGAGGACAAUCCGGAGCAGGUCAUGCGCCACAUUAUGAAGGAGCUGAUAGCUACAGAGAGGAUCUAUGUGGAUGAACUGCUUUCUGUCCUUCUGGGCUACAGGGCAGAAAUGGAGGACCCCUCCAUUUCCAAUCUCCUUCCUUCAGCUCUGCGCAGCCAGAAGGACGUUCUGUUCGGCAACAUGCCAGAGAUUUACCAGUUCCACAGCAGGAUCUUCCUCCAAGAUCUGCAGGGUUGCCUGGAGACACCAGAGAGGGUGGGGGCCUGCUUCCUGCAAAGGAAGGACAAGUUCCAGGUGUAUGAACGCUACUGCCAAAACAAGCCUCGCUCCGAGUUGCUAUGGAGACAGUGUGCUGAUUCGCCCUUCUUUCAGGAGUGCCAGAAGAAGCUGGAGCACAAGUUGGGUCUGGACUCUUACCUGCUGAAACCAGUCCAACGCCUCACUAAGUACCAGCUACUGCUCAAGGAGCUUUUGAAACACUGUGCCGAGGAGCAUUACCGCUGUGAGCUCCGGGAGGCUCUGGACUCCAUGCUGGAGCUGCUCAAGUCUGUCAAUGACUCCAUGCAUCAGAUCGCCAUCACCGGAUAUCAGGGUGAUCUCGGCCAGCUGGGCCGUGUGGUGAUGCAGGGCUUCAGCGUGUGGAUCAGCCACAAAAGGGCAGCAGUGCGGAUGAAGGAGCUGGCCAGGUUCAAACCCAUGCAGAGACAUCUCUUCCUCUACGAGCACGCGCUGCUCUUCUGCAAGCGCAGAGACGAGGACAACCAAGACCGGACGCCGUUCUACAGCUUCAAAUCCUGCCUCAGAAUGAGUGCAGUGGGAAUCACAGAAACUGUGAAAGGAGAUGUGAAAAAGUUUGAAAUCUGGUACAGUGGCAGAGAAGUGGUGUACAUAGUUCAGGCUCCCACAGUAGAGGUCAAAGUCGCCUGGCUGACGGAGAUUCGAAAAAUUCUCACUAACCAGCAGAAACUGCAUCAAGAUGAGGUUCCUUCUCUUCCACUUUCAGACAACCCUCUCUCUGACAGCUCCACGGCAACAAGCCACUCCUACAGGCAGAGAGGGGAGGAGUCUGUACACACUAGCCCCGCCCACUCGGACCCCGUGGUUAAUUCACCUCGACGCAGUUGGCCUGUUCCUGCUCAUUCAGUGGCGAUCUGUGAAGGCCUGGAGGACUGGGGCGCUACAGACCUCUCCACCUUAUCGGACUCAGACGAGGACGAUCAGCCUGCUCCACUGGUGGCGGGGAGGUACAGGGUCAUGGUGGAGAGCAGCAUGGCCAGCACUGAUGACAUCAUCUUCAACUGUGGUGAUGUCAUCCAGCUUCUGCAUGAGGAAUCAUCAGGAAUGUGGAUGGUAAGGAAUGUAAGUCGUGGUGAAGAAGGCCGCGUCUUACCCGAGGACCUGCACAGGAUUCUGGGAGAAACCUGCUGAGAGCCAAUCAGAUCGGACGAUAGAUGACACAGUGUUAAUGUCUGUCUAGUCUUCUCCUGUAUUUGUCGCUUAAUUGGCUCAGUCUAUGCCUCAAUACCUUCCACACACACGGACUCAUAUCUUCCAUCAGCUACCCGACCAUCCAAAGGGAAGCAUCAGACUCUGCCGAGACGUUCGUCAGUCAGACUGAAGCACAACAUCAGCCACAUAUGGUACUUUACUCUCCAAACUACUGUGACAGUUUCACCUCAGCAGGGCGUAAACCGGAGAACGGAACUGAGAAGACUCUUAACAGAAAGCACAUACAAGCCAUCUUUUGAUCUGUCUUUUUUUGGCAGUAAUACAGUAAAUUAUUUUGGACUGAAGAUGUUAAAAACAGGCUUUAAUUUCAUACUCACAGAGUGGACUUUUUGUUUAAGACUGGAAGUUGUAUGAUUUCUAUUUUCUUAUGAAAUAUCACAGAGAUCAUUGGUAUGCCUACUGACAUAUCAUUAUUGUUCAUGUGCCAAACAGCUAAGCUAAUCAUCGCAGCAGCUUCUUCUUGUGUAAAAUUGACAUGUUAUAGAACAUAGCCUUACUGUGGGGUGCCAUUGUUUUGAAUAAAGCUAAACCCGCUUUUUGCUACAGCAGUCAGCUAUAAUGCUAGAGUAUUUUCACUUGAUGUAUGCAGAAAUCACCACUUCUUUGUGGCAAAAGUGAAUAUUUGUUACCUAUGAAUUGCAUUUACAUGAUACACAAAAGCCAAACAAAGAAAAGCAACACAAACUUGGAAAUAUGGUUUAGAGUUGUGCAGGUUGUGCAGCUUCUCCCAGUUCAUGCUAGCUGCAGUGAGCUUGUUGCAUUUCCUCUUUAAAUGUUUUUCACAGCUUUCAUGUGGACAUGACAUAGCAGGAGAGCCACCGCAAUAAUUGCAUUAUUGAAGGUAGCUGGUGGAUUUUUUUUAAAGUUAUUUUUUGGCCUUUUUUGUACAGGACAGUGUAGAGAGAGACGGGAAACGUGGUUAGAGGAGUGGGGGAAUGACAUGCAGUAAAUGGCUGUGGGCUGGAUUCAAACUGAGCUACCUGGGUGUCCAGCUGGUGGAGCUUUUGACUUCUAGUAGCACUAUGGAGUAGUUUUUCUUGUGGGUCCCCAUGCACAUGUGCAAUACACAGUUCUGCCAUUGGUUUGACAAUAUUCUACACACCCAUGAGUGGAUCGAUAUGAGUAGAGUGCCAAUAAAAUCAGCAAAGAAGAAAACUUUUUGCUUGUAAUCAUGCUGUGCUAUGAUGAAUGUUUGAUAGACCUCCAGAAUACAUAUCAUGUAUUUUGGUGGGUAACCCUGAAUGUAAACUUUACUUUGUUUACAAGAAAUCCCCUUCCGGGGACUUUUAGUGACCAAAUUUAAUUCAUUUCAGUCUAAAUUUUACAUCCCUGGUAGUGUACAUCGUGGCAUACUGAAUCGUUAUAGUUAAACAGUCAGUUUUGAUGUUAUUAGUUGCUUCUCCUGCUACGACAAGUCCAAUGUUUUCUGCACUGAGCUGUGAUAAAAGUCUUUCCUGCAGUUUUGGUCAGUCCUGAGUCAGUGGAAACUUUCACUAACUAGCGUUGUAGCUGGUUGUUGUAGCUCAGCUGUUCCUUAAUUUCAAAAAGCGAGUUCAUUUCUGUAUUUAUGCAUUACAUUUGCUGCUAUUUAUGGUGAUACUGUGUUAUUCUUGUUGAGUUUUGAUUGAUGAUUGACAAUCUUGUAACUUGCCCAUCAAACAAAUCUUCUGCUGCACCUAUAUUUACCACUUUACUACUAAGAAGACACGAUAAGGUUUAUUUGUGUUUGUUUGCUGCUCUGCAUGGACAGAUCACUCUCUGCACACAUCUGAGGCUUUAUUUCUGCCUGCACUGCUAUUUUGGAACAAAAUAUGUUCAAAAAAUGUUGAGUUGUAAUGCUAAGUAGGAUAAUACAGAGUAGCUAUUGCCAACUGAUCAAUUACACUUACGUUGUAGAUUACUUCAUGGAAGCCAAAUUGAAUCACAAGAAAAAAAUUUACAUUUAUUUCAAACUGCCUUGUGUUAAAACUGCCUGGUCGGACUUUCCCUGCGUUGUAAGAAGGAGCCUGUUAAGAAGCUUUCAAAUUGCGCGUGAAAAGUGGUCAUGAAAACACUGCCACUUCACCGCCAAACGAGUCGAGGGUUCAUCUCUAAAGGGCAGACAGAUACAGUAGAAUUACUGAAUAUGCUGACAGUUUCGAAGAGAACUACUGUAAACUGUGAAUAUGUAAAUGGUAAAAAAAAAAAAACUAACUAAUUUUAGAUGUUCAGCACAGUUUUAGCUAGUAGCCGUCUAAAUGGUAACACUUCUUCCAUCAGUCAGAUGACAAUACUCAGCUAUCAAGUGUCACAUUUAAAGUAGAUUCCUCGAGUAUUUGUUAGAUCUCUGGACUAUUUCAAUCCAAUCUAACCAUCCAAUAAAAAAUUGUCUUCACAGUAUUUAACACCCACAGUGGGAUUUGACUGUGCAGGACUGUUUAAGUGAAGUGUGUCCAUUAAUACUUAACAGUGAGUAAUAUUUAAUUACGUUACACUAAUUUGAAAUCCACCCAACACUAGCUACCAUCAGCAACUGGCAAUGGAUUCAUUCAGUCAGGCUUCAGCAUCUUUCUCACAGUACCUUAAACUGGUGUUCGCUGCUUUUGCUUAUUUUGCACUUUUUUGAUAUUUUGAAUCAUAGUGAAUGCUUGUAUUAUAAUGCAAAAUGUAUAUGAUUAUUUUCCGAAAUAUAAGCACAUGACAGUUUGAUUUGA